AUGGCAACUGAAGAACAGGCCACUUCUCAGCCCCUCUUCAAGAACAUUUCUGGUGACCUGGAUGACCUCGAGGCCACGGAGAUCGAGAGCUUGUGUGUGAACUGCGAGGAAAAUCCAGGAUUCCGUUCUUCAAGUCUGUCGUCAUCAGUUCCUUUGACUGCCCCCACUGUCACUAUACCAACAACGAGAUCCAGCCGGCCAGUGCCUUGCAACCACAAGGAUGUAUCCACGAGGUCGAGAUCAGGACGGAAAAGGAUAUGGACAGGCAAGUUAUUAGGACGAACUCUGCAUCUGUGCGUAUACCGGAACUGGAUUUUGAAAUCCCUGGUUUCACACAAAAAGGAUGAGGAAGAAGAUAUAGUAGAAGAAGAAAGUUUUCUUGAUCUGGAAGGGCUUAGGAAUCUUCAAACGAACAAGGAAAUAGCAGAGAGCUCUAGACCGGAGGAGAUCAUGGAGUCAUCAGUUGAUGCUAACGAGUGGAGGUUAGAGGUCAAGAGGGUGACCCCAUCCCUAAAGGUCCACAUUAGAACAGAUAACAAGGACUGGAGAACACACGUGGAUCAGAUGCAUCUACACAAAGAUGGGAUUGAGACGGCUCUCUCAGAGACUAAGGGUUACCUCGACAAACUACACAAGGAGAUCACAAGGACGUUGAAGAAGAUAGGGAGCAGAGAGAAAUACAUCAAUAACCAGCUUGAGCAUCUACUACAGGACUUCAGAGGAACACAAGAUGGUUUAGCCGAGGUGAAGGAACAGUACAGGCAGGCUAGCGGUGGAGUGACAGAACGAACGAGACAACUUGCUGAAGUGACAGAAGAAUUGGAACAGAUAAAACAAGAGAUGGAAGAGAGGGGGUCAAGCAUGACCGAUGGAUCUCCGUUGGUGAAGAUCAAGCAAGCUCUCCAGCGUCUGAAGAACGAGGUCAUCCAGAUGGACGUCAGGGUAGGGGUUGUGGAGCAAAACCUUCUUCAAGCAAAGCUCAAAGACAAGACUAACAUGCAAAGGGAUAUGAAUAAACCCAUUGGAAAUGCAAAUGAAUAUGAUUAUUUAAAGGGAUAAACACGAUCGCAUCUAUUUUCAAGAAGCCAACACAAGGGGAAUUUCAAUACCCUAUUGUACAUCCGGCCAUAGAUAUCAUGUUCUGAUUACCGGUAUGUAGUACGUCGUUGUAAUGAUCACACAUUUCAAUAGGAGACCCACAGCUAUUGAAAUUGCUUUAGGUUGAUUUUCCAAAGUAGUUGCGAUCGAGAUUAUAAAAGUUUGGGGUAAGAAUAACACAGACUAUAGGCUAAGCAUUAAAGCAAUGUUGGAAGAGAAGUAUGCAGAUUACUAUAGGAGUUUAAAAUAGGGGUUGUGGAGCAAAACUUCCGGGGAAAGCUGAAAGAUAAGAUUGUCAUGCAAAGAGAUGUGAAUAAACAUAUUGGUAUUAAAUGCUAAUGAAUAUGAUUGUAAAAAAAAGAAAACUAAAUGGGAUAUGAUUGGUACAGGCUACAGGCAGCGCAAAGAUGUAUAAUGCAAAACCUUGUCGGUUUGUUUGUUUACCUGACUGCUAAGAAAGCUAAGGAGCGUUUAUGCUUGUAUGUAAACAAUCAGGGACAGACAGAUUAAGGACUAUCCGAGGGGCUUGCUAUGGUACUGAGAAUUAGUGCCUUAUCAAAGGGCACACACGCAUCGACUUGCUUUCGAUCCCGGGACCUUUAAGGUACGAGACCACUGCUCUACCCCUGAGCCUCCUCAAAUAUCAGGGACGCCAGUUUUCAGGCAAUAGCCUAAAUUUAGGCCCUGGCGAGUUAUUUUCAUAACAUAGUUUAGGCUUUUUUUGUGUACAAACUAGCUCAUUCUAGGUGAUUUUCAGGCCCUCUGAUCAAUUUUAACUGGCAUCCCUGAAAUAUGAAUGUUUGUUUCAAAUCUGGGUAUGAAUCACACAUGCUAGUGAAUAUGAUCAUUAGUUGUGUGACAGAUUGUUAAAGGCCAUGAUGUAAGUCUCAAACCAUACCUUACAGUUUGGUCCUCUCACCCUCCUGGCAGUAUCCUUCCCAGGGAGCAGUGAGUUCAGCUGAACUGCCUAUGAUCAGACACAGGCUGCUUUGCAGCAAGAAUGAAGCUCUGGGGUCUCAAAGACUCUCACCGUGUCCAUGUAGUCAAAUUCAGACUGUAUGAGUAUGCUCUGAAUGAGUGUGCUGGAACAGGACCCCAAUCUGCUAUCACUGAUAUAAAUUUACAAACCGCAUCCGGUGUUAUAUUGAAACAAUUGUCAGUUUUAAAUUGCUAUGGUUGGUGUACGAACUACUAUAACUGACCAAUCACAAAUAAACAUGGAGUACAUCGACUUUUAGAUUUCCACUUAAUUCAAUCUGCUUUGGUGCGAUGAUUAAAUUUAUGGAUGGUAAAUCAAAUUUUUCAUAAAAACAUGACCUUAUUUCUCAAAACCAUCUUAAUUACAAGUUCAGCAACAUCCCAUCCAAAUAUGCUUGAACAAGCGUUUAAAUGAGAUGCUGACGAACUUGUAUUUCAGAUUGUUUUGUGAAACGAUGCCUAUAGAUUCCUAAAAAAGUAAUGAAUUUAUAAUAAUUAUUUCCAUGCACCAGGAUUCUUGACAGAGCAAUAGAUAAAUAGAUCGAAGUAUAUUCUGGUAAUGUAGUAGGAGACUUUGUUAUCCAUCAAACAUUGGAUAUUGGAAAUCAUUGUGAAUAUCUGUGUUUAACAUUAUGUAAAUUAAUAAAGUUCUGUAUAUGUAUGUAAAUAGCUCUUUUUGUGAAAAUACAUAGAUGAGCACCAUGUAAUAAGUAGUUCUUUGUACAUCUGUUGUAAAGUGUGAAUAAAAAGCCUAUUUGAAAAAAAAGUAA